AUGAUUAAAAUGCCUUCUGAAACUUUUUUUUUGGGACAAGCUAGUCAUACCAAUCUAUUUUGCACCCGUUUUUACUCCAAAAGCUGAUCGAAAUAAACCCACGAAGGACGUGCGGACAGCUAAUACUGUAUAUAGCUUUUCCAAUUCGAGGAAGAGGAAGUGAAAGCCUUCACUUCCACGCUGCUCCCCCCCUCUUUCCCCUUCUCCCUCAAAUAAAUCCUACCGCCAUUCAACAGCUCUCUCCACCGCCUCCAAGUCCCGAUCCCAUCCUCUCUCCUCCAAUUCUUGGUUAAAUAAUAAUACGAUUCCAUUCAUUCUUUUUCUCCUAGUUCCGCAUCUUCUGCUAGGGUUUCCCAGCUUCCUUCCCCCAUGGCCGCCGUUCCCAAGGACCUACGCCCCCGUUCCGGCGAUCGGCCCGACGUCGCCGCCGACCAGCCCACCGCCUCUUCCUCGCGGAAGGUCAAGCUCCUCUGCAGCUACGGCGGUAAGAUCCUUCCCCGCCCCAGCGACGGCGCCCUCCGCUACGCCGGCGGCGACACCCGCAUCAUCACCGUCCGUCGGGACUCCACCUUCCCGGAGAUCGUACGCAAGAUGGCCGAUGCCUUCGGCGGGCCGACUCUGAUCCGCUACCAGUUACCUGGCGAGGACCUCGACAGUCUGGUCUCCGUCUCCAACCCCGAGGACCUCGAGAACAUGAUGGAGGAAUCCGAUAAGCUCGCCCAGGACUGCCCUGAUGGCUCCAUCCCGAAGCUCCGCGUCUUCCUCUUCCCCCCAUCCGAUCUCUCCGCCAAUUCCUCCUCCUCGGAUCUCCACGUCGCCGCCCUGCAGUACAUCGAGGCCGUCAAUGGGCUCAACGACAGCAUUGCGAGCUUGUCGUCGAUGCAAGCCGAGGCUGCUACUGAUGGCGGCAAUGAAGGUAUUUCACCUGCCCUUUUGUCUCCCACCGCGGUAGCUUCUAACGACCCAUCAAGAUUGGUUUUUGGGACUACAGGCGUGCCGGUGGUGCCGAUCCCGGAUGCUCCUCGCUUGUCAUCAGCGCCUUGUUCUAGCGUUCGGGCACAAAUCUUGAACUCUAGUCGCUCUGAAUUGCCUCCUCCAGUAGCACCUUAUGUCCCACAGGGUUAUGUAGAAACACAGCAUGCCCAUAUUACGAAUCCCCAAUCUUUGGGGAUGGUGGGAGUACCUCAGCCGGUUAGUGUACUUGGCGUGCCAGCCAUGCACACUAACAUGGCUCCUCCAACUUCCCAAGUUAAUAGCACAGCACCGAUCCAGACAAGGGUGGAUACUAAUUUAGAAGAGAAUCCAUUUGGAGGAAGGUUAGCACAGCUCCACGGUAAUCCAAACUAUAAGCCUUUGUCCCAGCUCCCGCCUUUGCCACAAGUUCACUUACAACCACAGAAUGGGGAGCAAUAUGGGUUGGGUCUACCUUUGCCAUCAUCACAAGGGGAGACAGUGAGAUUCGAGGAUUGCAACUUUUCCCGGAAACCCUUGCCUUAUGCCCAUUCUGAUACGCAUGGGAAUGCAUCAGGAAGUGCCGUUCCUGAGACUGGCUCAAUGCUCCAAAGUCACUCCGCAGAGAGCAUGGUAAGGCUGCAGGCGCUGCCAAAAAUAGUUACUGGAGCUGUGGCAGGCAGUGGAGUAGAAACCCAGGCUGAGAGUGUUGUUCCCGCGGCGCAGUUAGGGGCCUGUUGGUUCACUCAAGUCCCUGAUGAGAUACCACGUAAUCAUGAGAGGCUAGUGCUUCCAAAUGCUGCAGAUCUUAGUCAUGCUAAGGUUUUUGUCCCAGCAGUUUCAGUGGGUCUGCCAGGCAACAAGGAAGCAUCAGCAUCUUAUGGAAUGUACAUCCCGUCUCCACAAUCUCAUCAUGAAGCCUUCUUGCAAGGGCAAGUGCCACAGUCUAUGGGGUUACCUCAGUAUCAUGUUAAACAGGAUGUGAUCAGCAAGCCAUUUGUUGCUGAUGCUGGUCCAGUUGGAAAAUCAAGUUCUCAGGAAGCAGAGCAGGUAGUCCAAGAUUCUGUGCCUGUAGUUUCACAUGGCUAUGUUAAACCUAUCGAUGGGAUGAUGGAAGCACUUCAUGCCAGUCCAUCUGAGGUUUCUAGUCUUCCUGAGCAGUGGAAACCAGCUGUUCCACCUGCUACCAACACACCCAAUGAUUUAAGAUCAAAGAACCCAAUUGUUGUAGAGAGCAGUCAUCUGGUCAAACCACAAGUUGGAGGAAAUGUGAUGCCUAUUAGCAAUGCCUUCAUCAAUUCUAGAAUUAUUCCAGAUGGAAAUACUGGUAUUUCAGUUGAUCCACUGCCAUCUACUUCUUCGGGCAUUACUCACUUGCACAAUGUUCAGCUGCCAAACAACAGCAGGGUAUUAACCACGACGGAUAACGAUGGAGCAUACCCAUAUUAUUUUGAAACAGGGGUUGGACCUGUUAUUCCUAAUGAACAGUUGCUUGGAGCACCCAAAUACUCUUGUACUAACAAUUGCACCUACAGUGAUAAUACCGUCCAUAAAAUUCCUAGUUGGGGCUGUAAAAGUGAAGAUCUUCAAUUCCACCCAAACGAAGUGCCAGAUGAUGUAUCCAUCACCGCAGGAAACAAUUCUCAGUCACCAUUAUCUGCCACCGGCAGUUACUCUGGGAAUGAGGAACAGUUGGAAGAAAAAUUGCCAUUGGACUCACUAUUUUGCAAUGAGGAUCCUAGGAAAAUUGUGGGGAAUAUGCAUGGGCUGCCACCAAGACCUAAAAGGGUUCCUAGCAAGGAGUCUGUGACUAUGAAGUCCACUGAGAACCAUUCAGUAAACAGCAAAGGCUCACAUGUGGCCAUUGUGAUAGAGGAAGGUGGUUUUGACCACCCACAUAAUUCUCUGAACAAGGACUCAUGCAUGGAACCUGUUCAACCACCCAUGACAGGAGAUGAGCAUAUUAAGCAAGAUGUGGGGGCUUUUGCUGAGGGAAUAGCGGCAUCAACACCCCAGUCAUCUGAACCUCCAGUGCCUGACUUCUUUGCUCAUGAACCGAAGGAAUCUGGUCCUUCAUUCAAUAAAGGAACUGGGACUAUCAAGACUAAUUUAAAUACAAAUGAUCAGAAGAGUGGGGUUAUGAAGUCCAAACAGUCGGACAAGAUUUUGCUUGGAUUUCCAAAUGCUGAUGACAUUGGUCGCAUGCAGAUAAUAAAGAAUAGUGAUCUGGAAGAGUUGCGAGAACUGGGUUCUGGAACGUUUGGAACGGUGUAUCAUGGAAAAUGGAGGGGCUCUGAUGUUGCAAUAAAAAGAAUCAAUGAUAGAUAUUUUUCUGGGAAGCCAUCCGAGCAGGAACGCAUGAGGGCUGACUUUUGGAAUGAGGCCUGCAAGCUUGCUGACUUGCACCACCCAAAUGUUGUGGCUUUUUAUGGUGUUGUUCUGGAUGGGCCCGGUGGAUCUGUUGCAACGGUAACUGAGUACAUGGUCAGUGGUUCUCUCCGACAUGCUUUGCAGAAGAAUGACAAGCCACUUGAUCGACGUAAACGUCUUCUAAUUGCAAUGGAUGUGGCAUUUGGAAUGGAAUACUUGCAUAGUAAGAAAAUUAUACACUUUGACUUGAAAAGUGACAAUUUGCUAGUCAACUUAAGGGAUCCUCAGCGCCCAAUAUGCAAGGUCUGUGACCUUGGCCUUUCUAAAGUGAAAUGCCAGACCCUCAUCUCUGGGGGAGUGCGAGGAACACUGCCCUGGAUGGCUCCAGAACUUCUAAGUGCUAGCAACAGUCUGGUCUCUGAAAAGGUUGAUGUGUUCUCUUUUGGGAUUGUGAUGUGGGAGCUCCUUACAGGUGAAGAGCCAUAUGCAGACCUGCACUAUGGAGCAAUCAUAGGUGGGAUUGUGAGCAACACUCUCCGGCCUCCAGUGCCUGAAUCUUGUGACCCUGAUUGGAGAUCAUUGAUGGAGCAAUGUUGGUCUGCUGAAGCAUCAGAGAGGCCGAGCUUUACAGAGAUUGCUAGCCGGUUGCGUUCCAUGGCAGCUACUCUUCCUCCGGAUCAGGCUACCCACACCCAGCAGUCCAGGCAGAGAAACACAAAUGAUUAGGGCUUACACUCGUCUGCUGUGGUGGCAUUUAUUGACCCUUUUGUUGCCUUUGUAUGCAGCCAUUUGUAAAAUGUAAUAGAAGAUUGGGUCCGUGGCGCUUGUGAAAAGAAUUCUCAAUUUUUCUUUUUCUUUUUCUUUUUUUACUACAGGCCCACCUAUGUUUCAGGAGACGAUUUUGCUCUUCAUCAGUUCUCUUUACCGUAUGGGCGGUAACUCAGUCUACUCUCAAUGGCGGAAGAUAUUUUGAUGUGGUUCUAUCCUAGUACCUGGUUUGUACAUCAAUUAAAAGUCUGUAGCGCAAUAUGCUUGGAAAUUUUUAAGUUGGAUCUACUUCGUUGUUAAAAUGCUCAUUCUGUAGAUACUGCAAGGGUCUUUGGUGUUAUACUGUUGGCAAAUGAAAACUUUCCAGGUCA